CGGGGCACUGCCUCUCGCACAGCCCUCAAGACACACCAUGGGCCCAGAGGCUGGCUGGCGACACCGCAGCGACGACGCAGGCGGCGGCCCCAGCGACUCCCAACUGCCUCCCUGACCACUGCCACCAUCACCCGACAACCCCGAGAAGCCAGCGCCACCACCGGCCGGACACUCAAGGACUGCAAAAAUCAUCUUCCCCGACCGACUUAAAGCUACGUCAACAACUAUGGCGGGUGAGGAGCGGUGGGCGGAGCCGCUGACAGCCCGAUGGGGGAUCUUCGCCACGCCCCGGGCCCCCAUCCGGGAGGGAAGGCGUCGGCUCGCCCCGCAAGAUGGCGGCGGCAGUGACGCGCUUACGUACGGAACGCCUCCGGCGCGCCAGGGACGACGGGAAGUGAGGUUUUCCGAGGAGCCGCCAGAAGUGUACGGCGACUUCGAGCCCCGGGGCGCCAAAGAAAGGUCGCCGGCUGGAAGACGAACCCCGCCAGAAAAGUUCCGGGGGGAUUCUCCCGAAGAGGAAGUGAAAGAAAUCGUUUACAACCUUCGUUCUCGGCGGCGGAGGCAGCGAGGACCCCAGGAAGCCGAGGAGAUGAAGACGCGAAGGGCUGUUCGCCUUCAACAGGAGCAGCAGCAGCAGCAGUCUCAGCAGCCUCCGCCACAGCCGUCUCCGGUGACGACCAGGAGAGGGUUACGGGACUCUCUGUCUUCCGAAGAAGAUGAACCAUCUUCCCAAACUGUUAUAAACCAAACAGUCUCAAAGAAAACUGUCAGAACACAAGAAACUUCAGUGGUGAGUGAAGAUCCUGCAGUUAACCUCUGUCGGCCGCCACUAAGAAGCCCAAGAUCUGAAUCUGCCAGUGUCCAACAGAAGAUCAAUUUCUCUGAAGAAGGAGAAACAGAAGAUGAUCAAGACAGUUCUUACAGUGAUGUCACUACCGUUAAAGUCAGAUCCAGAGAUUCUGUUGCGUCUAAAGAUGAAACCACCAGAUUAUGUGGUCAGCACCCAGAAUCACUUUGGAGGUUAUCACAAAAUCAAGAUUUUACAGCCCAUGAUAAGCAACCUUCAGUGCUAAGCUCAGGAUGUCAAAAAAACCCUCAGGAAUGGGUUGAACAAGCCUUAAGAAUGAGGAGUAGGACGGCAAAUAACAACGUUCAGAAAUCAGAACUUGGAAACCAGUCUCCAUCAACCUCCUCCAGCCAACAAGUACGUGAGCAGCCUCGGAGCGCAGCUCUGGUCAGGAGGAAGCGGUGGAAGUGGCUGAUACCUUGUUUGCUAGCUCUUGCCUUGGUGAUAUUUUGGUUCAUUCAUACUCCUGGGAUAGAAACCAAUGCUGUUCAAGAAUUCCAGAACCAGAUGAGACAACUGAGGAAUAAGUACCAAAGUCAAGAUGAGAAGCUGUGGAAAAGAAGUGAAACAUUCCUAGAAAAACAUCUAAAUGGCUCCCACCCCCGUCCUCAGCCUGCCAUCUUGCUGCUCACCGCUGCCCAGGAUGCUGAGGAAGCUCUUAAGUGUCUGAGUGAACGGAUUGCUGACGCCUAUUCCUCCUUUCAUAGUGUUCCUGCCAUCCGGAUUGAUGGGGCAGACAAGGCUGAUCAGGACAGUGACGCCGUCAAACUAGAAGUGGAUGAGAAACUGAGCAAUGGAUUCAGAAAUGGCCAUAAUGCAGCUGUAGUCCACCGCUUUGAGUCGCUGCCUGCAGGCUCUACCCUGAUCUUCUAUAAAUAUUGUGACCAUGAAAAUGCAGCCUUCAAAGACGUAGCCUUAGUCCUGACUGUCUUGUUGGAGGAAGAGACCCUUGGAACCAGUCUAGGCCUAAAGGAAAUUGAAGAGAAGGUGAGGGAUUUCCUCAAAGUCAAGUUCACCAACCCUGACACACCCAGCUCGCACAACCAUAUGGACCCCGACAAGCUGAGUGGGCUGUGGAGCCGUAUUUCUCACUUAGUCCUGCCUGUGCAACCGGAAACCGCCCUGAAAAGUGGCGGCUGCUUAUAAGGGGAAAGAGAAAAAAUCAUGUCUCAAGUUCUGAGAAUUUUCAGACUUUCUAACCAGCGACAGAAUUUGGAGCAUUUUUUUUUUUUGAAAGAACUGGUUUCUUUAAAGGAAGUUAAGUUCUUACAUAAACAUGGAAUAUCUGAAUCAUUUAUUCUCCUAAUUAUCUGUGACUCGAGAAUCAUUUGUCUUCAUUAAGAGCUACGUGAAGGGUAUUUAGGAGCAUGUAAAUAAUCUCAGAGGAUCCGUUUUGAUGCUAGACUGAUCAGUAUUGCUGUGGUGUGGCCAGUGAGGAUUAGGUUCUUCUCCUUAUGAGUUAGCCCCAUUUAGAGUUUUCAGCCUGACUGGUUAUUAGUAAGGUAGCUCCCCAAUUGUAACCAUGUGUUUUCCCAUUGCUUUUCCUUUUCUGCCUUUGGGUGUGAAUUCCUUGGUCAUUUCUGCCUGUGGGAACAUAAGUAACAAUAGGUUAUCUAGGGGUGGCAUUUAGAAUUUUUUUCCCCUCCUUUUUUUUUUUUUAGAAAUCUUUGGAGAUGGGAAGAGAAGAAACAAAUGGUAGAAUGGAGAGGGAAGUGGGAGAAAAUCUUCAGAUGAAAUGUUACUAAAAAAAUUUUUUUAAAAAGAUGAAAUGUUGCAACAAGCCUCUGAGAGGUAGGUUAGUUGAACAUAUCUGUACUGUUACCUUGGUGAAUUCUGUUGGGAUUCACCUUUUUUUUUUAAACUCUGAGAAAUUAUGGGGACUGUAGCUCAGUCAUAGACCUUUUGUCUAGCUUGUACAGUACCCUGGGUUCAAUCCCUAGUACUGAAAAAACAAUGUUGGGUCCUGCUGCCAGGUAGUACACACCUGUCAUUGUAGCACUCAAGAAGCUAAGGCAGUAGAAUCUUGAGUUCAAAGCCACCCUGGACUACACAUAUAUAGGUGGUGUCUGAAAUACCACCCACUCCAAAUAAAAAAGAAAUCCCUGGUUCUUGCUAGGAUUUUUCAAGCCUGUAUUUCACCAAGUUUAAUAUAUUUCCUCUUCUGACUCUAAAGAUUAGGUAAAUUCAAAGUAUAACCUGAAGUUUUUGUUUUAAAGAAAUACAGUUUCAAAGCCAGGAAUGGUGGCUUAUGCCUAUAUUCCUAGCAUUUGGAAGAUGGAUACAGGAUUGCUAAAUUUUCAGCCAGCCUUGGGUUCCUGAAUAAGAUGUCUCAAGAAAUUGCACAUGUACACGGUUUGAGAAAUUGAUAAAACCAUUUGUUGACCCUCUGUACUAAGCUCUUUAAGGGGAUUCAGUACUCUGCUGGCCCACCUGUUGUCUGAUUCCUUUAAUAGCACUCUGUAACGAAUAUCAAAAUUUUUACUAUGUACGUUAUAAACUUUGAAUGCCUCAGGCCAGAAAGAUAAGAAGAAUGUGAGGUCUGUUUCUCUACUGCUGUAGUAUUUGAGUCGUACCUUUACAACUAGAACAGCUUUCUUAUCUGUCAGCUGCUCUGGAUGUCUUAGGAUCUUAUAAUUCUAUAUCCACCUUAAAAAAAUAUUGCCCACAGGCAUCUAAGUGAAACUGCUGUUAGUAGAAUACUAGAACCAGUCACUGGCUUCAUCAUUUUCCCUAUGAUGUGAUGGAAGGGGACAUCUGACCUUCCCCAUCAGCCAGCCACUGCAGGAAAGUGCACAGGUCACUGGAUGAGCAUAUAUAUGUGCAUACAUCCAUUUAAAAGGUGGUAAAAAGUGAACUGCUUUCUUUCCACCAGUAGAACCAGUAUUUGUACCCAUCAUCAUAAUUUGUUCCUUUCAGAAAUCAGACCAUCUGAUUUAUUUUAUAGAAUAUGAUAAAAACAGGAGUUUUUGAAAUGGCUUAUUUUGUACAUACAUAUCAUAUAGAGCUACAAAUGUUUUGUUAAGAGCUCCACUGACAUACAUAAUUGUAAAGUAAUAUGUUACUUGCGUUUCAGAAAAAAUACUUGUAGCAGCUGAUAUGUAAAUGACUUUUAAAAGCUAUUUUAGUAAUUUAAAUAAAUUGACCUGGUUUGUA